AACUGCAGUCUUGCGAAUCGUGAAUAACAAAUAAACAAUUAGCUGUCAAACUAAUGACUAUUUAAUGAAUCGUAGUUAGCGAUUUGAUUGCAAAUAGAUGGAAGCCUACACGAUUUGUGGAUUCACCGGCAUUUCAGGAAAAACUUUGUGUUGAAAUAGUUCCAAAUUGGACUGAAUUAUUAUGGAAAAAACAAACGGGCUUAGCAAUUUGAGAGAAUGGGCUCCUUUAACUGAUUUAUUGAAUAAAAUACCGUCAAAACCUAAUCUUAAUAUUUUUUCUGAAGAAGUUAAAAUAACAUGUGUGGAUAUUUUGCCAGAAUUUAUCGCCCUUGGUACAAAUUACGGAAUGGCCUAUUGGUAUGACAGGAAGACAAAAGAGCUGAAGAGAUUAAGAUGUGAGAACUCGAAUAUUCCCAUUACAUCAAUCAAAGUAUUGUCCACUGUUGAUUUUAUGCUGGCUUGCGGAAGUACAUCAGGAAAUAUAAGCAUAUUUCAAAUACCAAAAGUACAUCCAGAUUGGAUACCAGAGAAACUAAAACCUAAGAAUAAAAGUGUUGAAAGGUACACCGUUUCAGAGUUGCAUAAGUCUGCCAUCACUGCCUUGGAAUGGUCCAAAAAUGGUAUGAAGUUAUUUUCUGGUGAUAAAGAUGGUACUGUUGUAUUAACAGAAAUUGACUUCUACAUGCAUAUAUGUAAAUCCUUGGAGAUAUUAAAUGAAACUUAUGAAGUAGUACAGUUGAGCUACAGUAAUCCAAAGUUAGUAGUUUCUACAACUUAUAGAAGUAUAAUUUGUGAACAAGCUGAUAAAUGGACUGUGAUGCAAGUAGGUCGUCAGGAUAGAAAAAUCUUAGGCGCUUUUGGUGGAAUUAUUCAACAGAAUAAAUUGAAAUCAAAAGAUGCUGUGAUAUAUUGCACAAGACCUGGCCUUAGGCUAUGGGUGUCGGAUGAUCAUGGAGUUGUUCAAAAAACCUUGGUGUUCAAGGAAAUUCUGAAAAAAGAUUGUGCAGAAGUGCCUCUCUUAAACCCUGUAUCUAAACAUUUUCAAUGUAAAUCACCAAAAGAUGUUAAUUUUGGCAUAAUUCUGCAGUUUGGUGAGCAUUUUUUAGUCACUUACAACAGCAAUGUGGUGUACAUUUUGGAUUUAGAAAAUAUGACUGUUGUUUCGAAAAUUAGUCACCUUCGAAGAGUUUUAGAUGUAUCAUGCCACAAAGAUGAAAUUUUCAUCUUGGAGGAGGACAGAAACCUCAUAAGGAUUUCAACACGACCAGAAAUAAAUUGUGAUGAAAGUAGCAUAUCUUCUGAGGAAGGAUUGUUUCUUCCUAGCUCAAUUAAGGGCAUAACUUCCAAACUUCAGCCUUCAGCCAUCCUAUCAGUCAUUCCACCUGUGAUUGGUCACACUCUCAUCAAUAUCAGUGAACAUACAGACGAUGAGUUGAUAAUGAAUGCUGAAGAAGCUUUAGAGGUUCAAAUUAGUCCACAAAACGAGGUACCUCCAAAAAGAUUCGACAACAUCGAGGUUGACGAUUCCACUGAAAUACUUUACAAACAUAAGAAAACCAAAAAAAAGAAACAUGAGAAAAAUCAGGAUUUAGAGAGCAAACCCGAUUCUCAUAAUUCAACGGAAAAGAAUAUUUGCGUUACACAGCCUACCCUGAUGAAUAUGAGCACCGUGGGGCAACUUCCAGAUCUGAGGAGCCCCCAAACUAUUCUCAGCAGUAUAGAACAGAAAGAAAAACUGUUAGCAGCCUUUCUAACCUAUGAUAAAAAUUUUGCCGAAAAUUCUUCAAACAAACAAGAUUUGUCUGGGCAAAAUCAAAAUUCGAAUAUAAACAUUCCAAUAAAAGAAAAGACAGAAAUGCCUAAACUUAAUAAACCAUUAAUUGGAGAACGAAACUCAAUGGCUAGUAGUGUUGAUAUUGAUGAAGGUGGAAAUAAAAUAGAUACAAAAUUAUCACCAUUACCAAUUGAUCAACCAUAUGGUAUUAUCACAAAUAAAAAAUCUCAAAGAGUUUGUGAUGAAAUGGUUUGGGAAAAAGAAAAAAAAGAAAAUAAAAUAAGUAAAGAAAAGUUACAAAACGAAGAAACAUCGAAAUACAAAAAAGAAAACUCUGAACAAACUGUGAUAGGAACAAUUUCAGAAAUAAGUAUUAACGAUAAAAUUAUGGAUUAUGGAGGUUUAAUAGACAUAGAGAAGAUCCUAACCCUGCAAGAAAGUCGAACGUCGGAAUUCAAAGACAAUUUCAAAAGUCCCUUUUCCAAUGGUAAAGUUAUGAAGAAGAGCCAGACGUCGGUUAUGAAUGAAAAUACUUCUUUCUUUGGUUCAAAAGAAAAGAGGACGGAUGAAUUAGAUGACCUCAGUAUUAGUCAUAAUUCAGCCAUAUCGAAAACAAAAAAAGGUGUUGGUGCAACAAAAGCUAUUCCUAUAAUGUCGAAAUCUACCGAUAUGCCAGCUUGUGUGGACGUUCCGAAUGGAUGGCAGGUAAAUUCCCUGGAAAGAAAAAAUUCAUACUCUGAUCCAUUGCUUAAAGAUUGGGUGAUUCUUUAAAUUAUUUUAUUGUUGAUUGUAUACUUAUUAUAUUUUAUUAUUAUAUAUUUUUUUAUUACUAGUCAUCUUUGAAUUUAUAUUAGGCAACUUAAUGUAAGUUACACAAAUAAAUCGCAAUAUGAGCAAA